AAGAAGUGGCCAACAAAGUAGUAGAGGUUAUGUCAGAAGAAACUAUGACCAAAGUUAUAAUUGUAGUAGAAUUUCUGUUGUGCAAUCAGAUUUUAAUUUUGAAACGUCAAAUGCCAAGUGCAACAAAAAAAACCUUGUCAAAGAGGUUAGUAUUACUUCUAACCAUGAUCUUAAAGAUAAAAGUUGUAUAGAUGGUAUUGAAUUUGAUCCAAAAGAGGUGAAAAAUAAUGUUUUAAUGCCACUCAUUAAGACCUACUAUGAUAAGGUCAAAUCUUUCUUUAACAACAUUUCUUGUGAAAUAAUAGAUCGAUUGGAAUAA